AUGUGUGGUGUAAGUGGAAUUGGGAAGACAACCAUUGCUGAGGCAGUCUAUAAUGGCAUCCUUUCAUCCUUCAAUAAGCAUAGUUUUAUUUCAGAUGUUAGUAAACAAGCAAAGCAAUGCAUAGGUCUUGUUUCUUUGCAAAACAGACUUCUCAAAGAUAUGUUCAACAGAGAUUCUGACAUACGUCAUUGUGGUAAAGGGAAAAUUUUGAUAAAACACCGACUUUGCAAAGAAAAAGUUCUUCUUGUUCUCGAUGAUGUGGACAACAAAGAACAGGUAGAUGCUUUGGCCAGUGAACUCAAUUGGUUUGGUCCAGGAAGUAGGGUGAUAAUAACAACCAUAGAUGAACAUAUCUUGAAGGUUACUAAAGUUGAUAAAGACAAAGUGUACUGGGUUGAAGAACUCAACCAUGAGGAAUCUCUUCAACUAUUUAGUUUGCAUGCCUUUUCAAUGGAUGAACCUCCUCGAGAUUAUAUGCAACGUUCACGUGAUAUGAUAAAAUAUUUGGGAGGGCUGCCUGCAAGUCUAGAGGUGUUGGGGCUUGGUAGUGAUGAUAAUAAGCGGUUCAAAAUUGAAGAGAUCAAAACUGCAACAAAGAAUUUUGAUGAAUCGUUGGCGAUCGGAGUUGGUGGCUUUGGCAAAGUUUACAAGGGUGAACUAAAAGACGGCACUAUGGCAGCAAUCAAGCAUGCCCAUCUGCAAUCUAAAUCUGGACAAGGCCGGGCAGAAUUUUUGAAAGAGAUUGAGAUGCUAUCGAAGAUCUGGCAUGAACAUGUGGUUUCGAUGAUUGGUUUUUGCGAUGAAGAGAAUGAAAUGAUUUUGGUGUAUGAGUAUAAUGCAAAUGGGAAUCUCAAGAAUCAUCUUUUUCGCUGGAAUUACUUGACAUGGAAGCAGAAAUUAGAGAUUUGCCUAGGUGCUGCAAGAGGACUCCACUACCUCCACACAUGGGGAGAGAAUGGUAUAAUCCAUAGGGAUGUUAAGCCAUCCAACAUACUAUUGGAUGAGAAGUUUUUAGCAAAGAUAUCUGAUUUUGGAAUCUCACUAACAGAUCCCCCUGCAUUAUCACAUCAUACCCAUCAUCAUGUUCAUAGUGUAAAGGGAACCACUGGAUAUCUUGAUCCAGAAUACAUGGGAGGUGGGGAAUUGACUAAAAAAUAUGAUGUAUACUCUUUUGGUGUAUUACUGCUUGAGGUUGUCAAUUCUCACCCACUUUUCAAUUCCAACUUGUUAGAAGAAGAACUAUACAUCCCUACAAGACUAGAAUGUCCAUUACAUUUACUUAGGUUGGAGAGAUCACUUAAUUUCUAUGUGGACGAAGAAGGUAAUUACUGUCCAGAAUCAUUUGAGAAAUUUAAGGAGAUUGCAGACAAAUGCACGGGUUUUAUGCGUAAGAAUUGGGGUUUUAUGGGUAAGAAUCGACCCAUAAUGGAGGAAGUGUUACAGGAUUUAGAGUAUGUCUUGCAGCUGCAUGAAGCUUGGUUAAGAACCAAUAGCGGGGUAGAAUAA